UUUGCAGCGCAGAGCAGAGCAGAGCGGAGCGCUGCGGAACGGGACAGCGGCAUGGAGAGGCGGUCGGGGUUAAAAUGGACCACAGCGGAGCUGCUUUUAACUAACAGUCCCUAAAACUUUGGAUGUUAAGUAGUUUUAAGCAUGGCUGAUCCCCUGCGGAGGACUUUAUUGGCAAAACUUCGGGGGAAGAAGCCGAAAGCAACGGCGUUUGGAGAUCACAGAGUCUUGAUUAAGAAUGUCCACAACUCUAUCACGGAGACUGAAGAUGCUGGGGUCAGUGGGUUUGCCAAAACCAGUGAUCUCCUUAAUGCUGCUGCAGUUUCAGAAAGAAGCCAUUGGCUUCAGCAGACUCCUAGGAAAGACCAUGCAGUGGAGGAAGACCUAGUUUGCUUCAGGUUGAAAGAGGGCCAUGCAAGCCAUACAUCCAAAACUGAUGGGCUGCUCCCAUCCCCUCUAAUAUCUAGUAGCCCUGAAGCUCAACAUCCCUACCUUGACACACUGACUCUUCAGCCCCACCUCCAACAGCUGAGGGUCGACUCUUCAGACAGGCACAAUGAUGUGGACGGUGAAGGGGAGAUCUGGUACAAUCCAAUCCCGGAAGAUGACGAUCCUGAGCCAGCUCAGGCUCCUGAAUCACCAGUGACACUGGUCCCUAGUGGUAGUGAUACCAGAGAGGUCUGUAGGCCAUGUAUGAGCAACCUGCAAGACUACCUGGAUGGCCGAGGUCAUGAUGUGAGCAGUGAGAACAGCACAUAUUCCAUGGAGCCUGUCAAGAAGUGUCGACAGACCCCACUACCCAGAACCACAACACCAGAUGCUACUGAGGUAGCUUUCUCACUUCCGUCUAGCCCCAGCUCCUCUAAGAAGGCAGGUUCAAUCAGCUGGUCCUUUCCGGAUAAAAUCAAGUCUCCCCGCACAAUGAGGAAACUCUCUAUGAAAAUGAGGAGGCUUCCAGAGCUGGGCAGGAAACUCAGUGUGAAAGGGACAUAUAGUAGUGACAACAGCCAGUCAGAGCCUCAGCAAUCUUCUCCCAAGGCCAAUCCCAAGGUAGAGGUGGGACAUAGCCCCCUUACUGUGCAUGGCCAGAUAGCUGCCAGUAGAAAUGUCAUCUCCCGGUAUCACCUGGACAGCAGUGUAUCCACACAGCAUGAUUACAGCCAAGAGACAGACAAUUGCUCCAAGUCAGCCAACAAAGGUGGCUACCUCAGCGAUGGUGACUCCCCGGAAUUAGUGACCAAGUCUGGAAAGCGACGGUUGCAGUGGAAACCUGGAAGGAGAAAGGAAUCCAGAGCAAGUAACAGCCCUAGACGACACGGUGUUGAGAUGGAUUUUGACACCUUCCACCACUACAACUUUAUUGAACAAUCAAAGUGCAACCAGUUCAUUUCAGGAUUGAUGAGCCUCCAUCUCUGUGGAGCGAAAGACCUGAAGCCCUCGUAUGCUGACUCCCACAGCAUCUACUGUGCCAUCCAGGUGGACUUGGUCAACAAGGCACGCACAGCAGUACUCACCUGCAGAACCACCUUCUUGGACAUGGACCACACUUUUCACAUCCAGCUGGAGGAAGCCCAGCGGCUCACUCUGGUGGUGUUUAGCUGGGAGUCUGACCAGCAGCGGCAUCGUGUCUGCUGCCAUGGCACCGUGGCUCUGCCAGAGCUCUUUCAGGUCACUGGACCCCACCGGCUGGCUGUACACCUAGAGCCACGUGGCAUCAUCUAUGUGAAACUGAGCCUGAUGGAACAGCAGCAGAGCUUGCUGGAUGGACCUGAACGGGAGUAUGAUUCGCACUUGUUUGGGGUGGAUGCUAGCCAUGUGGUGGAGCAAGAAAACACUGGAUCUCUGGUACCAUUAAUCAUCAAGAAGUGUAUCUCAGAGAUUGAAAGAAGGGGAUGCCAGGUGGUGGGCCUGUACCGUCUCUGUGGCUCAGCGGCAGCCAAGAAGGACCUGCGGGAGGCCUUUGAAAGGGACAGCCACACAGUGGUGCUCUCAGAGGAGCAUUACCCUGACAUCAAUGUCAUCACCGGUGUCCUCAAAGACUACUUGCGAGAGUUGCCAAGUCCCCUGAUAUCUGAGCAGCUUUACGGAGCCGUCCUUGACUCCAUGACCAGGAGGCCUCUGAGAAUCAGUCCCAAAGGCUGCGAGAAUGAUCCAGCAGAUUCCCAGCAUGCUGUGAGCCUGCUCACCAUCCUGCCGCAGGUGGAGAGGGCAACCUUGCAAGUUCUCCUGGACCACCUGAAGUUGGUUGCAUCCCACCAGGAGAGCAACAGAAUGACAUGCCAGAAUCUGGCAGUGUGCUUUGGUCCAGUACUGCUAGGCCGCCGUCAGGAAGCGUCCCGCCAUGCCAACCGGGUCUUCUCCAGCUCCAAAGAGUUGGCCAGCGCCCUGCACUUCAAAAAGCAUAUUGAAGUGCUUCACUACUUGCUACAGCUGUGGCCAGUGGUUUACCGACAUAAAAGUGCUGUGAAGGAGCUUCAUUCUGAACCCGCCCAACUGCGUAGGAGGAGGGGGAGACCACAGGCACUAAACCUGAGAUAUCCGGAACUUGCCGGUGUGCUUCGCUCUAGCCCUGGAAGACUGGAUAGCCCCAGCAAUCGUUAUGCUGGUGAUUGGAGCCUUUGCAGGGAGAACUACCUCCAGCCAACAAACAAAAGUCCCAGAGAGGAGGCUGACUACGAUGACGUGCCCUGGGAGGACAUGGACGGCACAGAAUGCCAACGGGAGCCAAACAUGAAAGGUCACUUGGAGCCUCAGCUCAAGUAUGGAGAAGAGGAAGAAGGGGAUGCAAUGGAGGUAGAAGAGAAAGCCAACCUGCCAGAUGACCAUCCUGGGCGCGUUUUAACUCAGAACCGUCUAGUCAAAGAGAAUACGUACAGAGGCUACAUGACAAUUAAGGAGAUUAGUCCUGUCUUGAGCAACAGGCUCAACCUGAAUGAACUACAGCAGAGUAUUGACAACUUGAUUGGCAACUUAGAACGAGAGCUGAACAAAAACAAACUUAAUGUUGGUUACUGACCAGUACAACAAAACAUUCACUCACUUAGAAAUGAAACACCAGACAUGAAGCCUGGGGCUGCCAUGCCUUCGCUGGCAUUACUGGUUUCUAGAUUACAUUUUUGGAUGCAAUGACCAUUUUUCUGUGCUUUGCUGCUCCCAGGGUCACUUGAAAGAUUGGUAGGACCAACAGUGCAUUUGAGUUCCAUAGUUUUGGCCAACAGAAGUUAUCAGCCACAUGUCAUUUUGAAUGCAUUGUCAGCAAAGAGCGGUCUAACUGAUACUCGGUAGGUGCUGGGAUACUGUGUGUUACUACUUCCAAAUGGUGCAUGUUAUGUGAAAGAGGAUACAUGUUUGUUUUUGUAAGCUAGUUUGACAUGUAUUUUUAUUCAGAUGUGAAGGUGUUAUGCUCUAGUUUUCAAAUUAGAGGAAUUCUUGCUAUAACUUGGGCACAAGCACUAUGUGAUCGUGACACAUGCCGCCAUGAGGAAAAACUACUUGUGUUUGGUAGAAAAAUAUCCUGAUGUGAAGAGUUCCAUUGCAGUUUUCCUCUUCCCUGUGUAGUAGUAAGAUAAGUGUCACUGAAAUUAAAAUAAUUACUUCUUAAUAUAUAAAUAUUUAAAACAUAAUCAUCUCUUCCCAUAUAUUUAUGUACCCUAUAUGCAUGCAGUGUCGCUUGCUUAAAUUAUAGUAAUCUCUUAAAAGUGAUUUGGUUUAAUUUUUAUUUACCUGUGUAUAUCUUUAACGUCAAAGAUCUUAUACUUCAUAUAUUAUCCCAUUACUCAAGAAUUGUUGAAUAUUUUCUGCACACAUACAGUACUUAAAUCAUUGGCGACACAAAUUCAACAUGUUUAGGAGGGAGCAUAGGUGUAAAGGGCAAAGGCUUGUAACCUGACAGUUGACAGUUUAAAACCCCAAAACAUUUUUCGUCCUGCCCUAUGCACAUACUGAAGGUUGUGUGUGUGUUUUUCUGUCAGCUGCUGAAUUACUAUCCCUUUCAGAAGCACAUAACUGAAGUACAAAAAUUCAAAAUCUGAGUCCAUGCCUUACUGUAAGGGCUGUGCUGUUUCUAAGCCAAUCCAAAAAAUGUCCUAAACAUGCCA